ACUUUUUCUUUUUAAAUAAGUGAGUCUGAUCUUAAAAAUGGUUUGGAGAGAAGUUGCUCUGCUGUUUCUAAUUUUUGCACUUGUAGUAGCUCAGCGUAAGAAAGACCUGAGCCCUGAAGAACUGGCGAGACUGAAGGAACAAACGGGAAUGAACCCAGAUGAAAUGUCUGAUGAUGCUAUUAUUUUAAGUCCUCCAAAGCUUACUGAUGAGGAUGAAGGAUCUAAAUUCAUGCCUCAAGCCUACCGCUGUGAUGCUUGUCGAGCAAUAGCCAUUCAGUUCACCAAUCUGUUCUCCAAAGCUGAAAGUAAGAAGAAAAGUGGUAAGCUCUCAUAUGUUGAAAUUUUAGAUCAUGUAGAGCAACAGUGUCAAGAUGAAUACAAAGAAUUUGGGUUGAAAAGUGUGCUUGGAGAGAACAAAUUCUCAGCCCCAGGUCUGGAAACGGCAAUGAUGUCUGGCAUGGUAGAUGCUGGAGGUCUUUGGAAGAGAAGGAUGCAGAAACUGUGUGAGGAGCUUGUUGGUGAGUACGAGGAAGAUGGGAUCUACGCCAUGUGGAGUGAGCCAGAGAGCACAUUUGAACAGGAGCUGUGCAGGAACUAUUGUAAAGGCAAGAGCAAGACGGAGUUGUGAGAGCUCUGUGGCUUUUCACUCACUCAGCUGUUGACUAGUGGAUCAGGAGAUAGUGUCUAUUCUUAUCUUAAGAAUUGUAGAUAAUGUGAUUACUAUGUCCUUGAAUGAAUAUCCAGUAAAGCCAAAACAGUUUAAUAUUUAUUGUCUUUUUUAUAAGUGGUUUUUCAAUUGAAGUUAGAAUCUACAUCCCAGAUGUAUUUGAAUUUUUAAUAUCUCGUCUGCCUGUUUUAUUUUUUUAUAAAAACUUUUUGUCAUUUCUAGUCAAUGAAUCAAUAUUGUGCUCAUGUGUAUUACUUUUGUAAUAUGGCUCAAUUCUCUGUGAUAUUUUUGCAUCACUUUUUAUUUUGUAAUUAUUUUUUUGUUUAUUUAAUAUUGCACAAAAAUGACAUUCCUAAAUUAUUUUUAUUUAUUUUUAAAAGCUAUGCAAAUACUGAUACUCUGUGCCUGAUAAAUAGUAGUAAAAAUAGUGUACAAAAAGUGUAUCAUUAAAAUUCUAAGCAUCCAUCAUUCCAAAUGUCAUGAUUUUUCAUCCAAGCAAUUUUUGUUAACAAUUUUUGUUAACGUACUUAUACUAAAGGACUGCUAAAAUAUACAAGACACGAAUGUCUGCAUUUAAGUAUUUACCACCAGUAUGUUGAUUAGACAGAAGUGAAUGAACCAAAUGUAUUCAAUAAUGUAGACCAUUGAUGAACCAAAUGUAUUCAAUAAUGUAGACAAUUGAUUGAAUUUAUUUAGUCAGAAUGGCUUUCUUCUUGUGUAUUUUUAACUUGAUUUAAUCAAUGUUAUUGAGGUUUUAAAUACAUGUUUU